AUUUGACUCUCGUUCAUUUGGUGUUUCUUCAUAUAAUAUAUUCACAAACCCAUAUUCACUUACCUCUGUCUCCUACUAGCAAUCACGAAAACACCCACAUAAAUAGAAUUCACAUAUGAAUAACAUGUCAACUUGUGAAUGUAGUAGUGGAUGUGAAUCGGGUUGGACCAUGUAUUUGGAUCAGUCCUUAAAUUCUGGAGAUGGGAAAUGGUCGUAUCAUGAAGAUGAUGAGGAUUUGUCUAUGGUUUCUGAUGCAUCAUCUGGACCAACCAGACACAAGAUUCAUGAUGAAGAUGAAGAUGAAGAAAGCAAAUAUGGGUUUUGUUAUGGUUUGAAUUCUCAAGAGAAGAGGAAAACAAGAUUAAAGAAAGAUGAUGAUGAUGAUACUGCAAGUUCUACUGUUUUCACAAAGACCGAAUCUGGAUUGUUGAAGAAAGCAUCAUCGGGUGCUAAGAAGUGUGCAUCAGAAAAGUCAGGGACAGACAAGAAAAAAGGUAGCAACUUUGGUGCUCAAGAGAAUUGGGAUCGACGACGAUGGAAUACCAAGAAAGCUUAAGUAAAAGAAAGUUAGUUAGAUUUCCAAGGAUCUUGUUAUUAUUUUUCUGUCUGUAUACUGGAAAACAACUUGAAAACAUUAAUCUGAUUUCUAAUCUUUAUUUUGUUUUUUAAUC